GCUAUGGAGGCAAGAUAGUAUACGAGCUAAGUUUGAAAAAAACAACAGUAAAAGAUUUCAACUUGUCAACACAAGUAGGGGAAAUCAUGCCAGUAGCUACGACGAAGAAGUCAGCGAAAAAAGGAUCAAAGGUGGAUGCUGGUGCAACAACAUUAAGUGGUGUGUACAUGUUUCCUAAUGGAGAUAAAUAUGAUGGUGAAUACAUUCAAGUUGGGGAAUGCUUACAGCGUCAAGGUUACGGUACCCAUACAACAAUUGAUGGACUUACUUACCAUGGUAACUGGAGUGGAGACAAGAUGAAUGGACAAGGUGAGUUGUUGAGGAGCAGUGUUUAUUUUAAAGUUCUGUUUACUUCUGUCAAAACAAUUUUUGUUAACUCACUGAUAACAAUUACGGGAGAAUUUGGCAACAAUAUGUUUCAUGGAUUCGGAAAGUACACUUGGCCUGAUGGUUCUUAUUACGAGGGAAACUUCAAUGAGAACAAACUUGAAGGUCAGGGAACAUUUACAGAUGUAAAAUCACAAGUCUGGUAUGGGAACUUCACACACAUGGCUGCUCCUGGGCUCAAGUUUAAACUGUGCAUGUAGAAUAUCUCACAAAUUUUGAUGCAGCAAGAUGUAAAUAUGUUAUAUAUAGACUUUACUGUAGAUAUUAAUUCAUGGCAAUAAAUCACUUUUUAGUUUUCUUUUGAAA